UUCAAUGUUAAUAAGUAUUAGAUAGAAAAUUUAAUUGCAUGCUUUACCCUGUCAUUCAUGGUCACAUAAGGUUUCGUACUACAAAUAAACGGAUUAAGCGAAACGCCGUGAACUCGUAAGCCUCUUCGUAUUUGUACUUUCGUCGCUUUUAACAUCCUGUUGUAGAAGAAAGAAAAUGGAAGAACUCUAUGACUAUUCUCAGCAUAGAUACUGUAUUAACAUCGAUUUGGGAUAUGACAUGAUCACCUCUGUGGCGGUAGCCAUUACUAGAUUUACAAAUAAUGAAAGAUAUAAAAACAAACGCCGUACCUCAAUCUUAAUUGACACUACCACCAGAAAUGUCAUUGCCAGAGGCUACGAGGCCGACGAAGCGAAUGGGAAUCCGAAAGGGCUCCAAGAAGGCGUUAUUUAUGUACGCAACAUCUUAAGGGAGCUCGGUGACAUUUAUUUAAAACCCAAGCAACAACCUUUCGAUAAUACGGCACUGUACGCGCUCUUGUACGAGGAAGCUAUAGACCUGUUACAAAAAAUAUUGAAUCAUUGUAAACAAGAUUUGAAUAGUGUAAAUAUGGAUUUUUAUUAUUCUUUGAAUCUUCCAACCAGUUGGGAUUAUGAAAUAAGAGAAGAAUUGUUCCUGCCUCUAUUCGUAAAAGCUGGUCUUCUUCAUGAAAAUGAUGGUCCAGGCAGGCUGGCGUUUUUUUCAAUGUUAGAGCUAAGGUUUCAAAACAUACCGAUGAGUAGAUUCGGGAAGGGUAGAAACAUAAAGCAUGGAGAUCAGAGCGUAUUGUGUACAAUCGAUUAUCAAGGUGCAUACUCCGUGGAUUUGAAAUUGGUAUCAGCUCAAUAUCCUGCUUUCAGAUUAGCAAACAGAGAAUUGGUGCCACAAUUGUUGAAACAAGCUCACUUUGUAAUCCCGUUUGGACUAAAAGAACUACGUUUGUCAUUAAUAGCAUCUGUAGAAAAGCAUUGUGAUACUACGUUAGUAUCAGAAGCUAUCGACGACAUGCUUGAAAAACUCAAUCGAAAGUACGAUGGAUUUGAUAAUUUCAGAUAUCCAAGUAUUGUUUUAUAUGAUCAGCCAUUCCCAGACUUGAAAUCUCGCUGGACGAAUGACUCAAUCACUUUAGGGGACAUACUUGAACAUUUUUCUGGUUUUGUUGAAAAAUUCUUUAGAAAUGAAGUAGAUAAAUUUCUUGUAGGCAGGAGCAAUAUAGUACCCAGACAAUUGGACAUUUUUUAUACAAGUCGAAUCCCGGAAACAUUUUUUGCUAUCGGGCUAAUCUCAUCAUUUUAUUGUUGGUCGAAAAAGUAUUUCAGGGAACUAAAAGAAUCUUACAUAUCCGCGGAACUCGAUGAUGAUCCCCCCAUGUUCGUACUCUUUGACUAUGAUCACCGAACAAAUGCAAUUGAAAAGCUUUUAAACUACCGAAUGGAAGAAUUUAACGUACGCAGAAACCCAGUUAUACUACCCAACGAAACAACAAUGGAAGAACCCAAAAGUUGCUUAAAGCCUAUUAUCUUCAUCAAUAUUGGUAAAUUGACUCCUUAGUAGUGCCAGCUUCUUAUUGACCUAACCUAUUUUGAAACUAAACAGACAUAUCGCCUACACAAAUUCAGACUGAUUUUACAUACCUAGAUAAAGAUGGACAAGUUGGCCAGAAGCAAAAUAUUGAAUGU